CUUCAUCUUGUGAGCCAGACUGGGGAAGCUGGAGAGCACCGGUGCCCAGGGAUAUCUGCUCUGGGUAACAGUAUAGGCAGAGAUAAACGUCAUAAUUACUCACCCCAAACUAAUUGUCAGUAAUUAAAGUUAAGGAGGCAGUCUGAAGGAAAGCAAUGGACUCAGACUCCAGGAGAAGGCAGCUGGUGUCUGGUGUGGCUUCUGAGACUUGCAAACCUGGAUGCUGAGCUGGCCUCCCAUGUGUCGAGGUCUCUAUCACCCUGUUGUCUCCCAAUCUGCUCACCCUCACCCAUCUGGCUGCCUUGGGGACCCAGGAGGUGAAUUGGAACUUACGGCCAGGCUGGGCUGACUUCACUACCUCAUCUUCCUGGGAGGAGGUGGAGAGUGGGGGCUCCUGGAGAGAGAGAAUCCCAGGAGGAGAGAAGCCCAAAGUGAACCUACUGCUUGAGGAGGUGGUAAAGGAUUAUCAGCAUUAAGAUGGAUGAUGAGAUCGAUUGGCUGGAUCUGCCAGGCUGCUGGACCUAUGGAGUCGACUAUGGUGGUAGAAUCUUCUUCAUCAAUGAUGAGAAACAAUCAACUAGCUGGGUGCAUCCAUGCACAGGAUCUCCUAUCCAGAGUGGGCAAGCCUCCAGCCCAGAUUUGCCCAAGGGCUGGGAGAUGGACUUCACCCCAGAAGGAGUUGUGUACUUCAUCAACCACAAUGAAAGACGGAACACGUUCCUGCACCCAGUGACCGGCCAGAUCCCUGAAGAAAACAAAAGAUUUGACUUGAGAAAAUCUGCCUCGGACAUGUCCAGUAAAACUGGUGGCAAGCGCUCCACGACCACCCCCAGUGACACAGCCAACAACAACAUGGUGUCCGAGGUUCCCCCAGAGCGGCCCAAUGUCCGGGCACCCCGAACUUCCCGCAAAGCCAUAGCCUUUGGCAAACGUUCCAACUCCAUGAAGCGAAACCCCAACGCUGCCGUCACAAAGAGUGGCUGGCUCUUCAAACAGGCCAGCUCUGGGGUAAAACAGUGGAAUAAACGCUGGUUUGUCCUGGUGGAUCGAUGCCUCUUCUACUACAAAGAUGAGAAGGAGGAGAGCAUCCUGGGAAGUAUCCCACUCCUGAGCUUCCGGGUAGGGGCCGUGCAGCCCUCGGACAACAUCAGCAGAAAACAUACCUUUAAGGUGACGGUGUGCUGGGCAGGAGAGGCCAGGGCUGAUGAUGCGAACUGCCUCUCCCUGCAGGCUGAGCAUGCCGGGGUCCGCACCUAUUUCUUCAGUGCUGAGAGCCCUGAGGAACAGGAGUCCUGGAUCCAGGCUAUGGGUGAAGCAGCCCGGGUACAGAUUCCCCCUGCUCAGAGGUCAGCCCCUCAAGCUGUUCGCCACAGCGCCGGGAAGGGGCUGGAUCUACUGACAGGGACUCCUUCGGCCUCCCGCAGCCUUGAGAAGCCUGACUCGGAGAAUAUCCCACCCAGCAAACACCACCAUCAUCACCAUCAGCCCCGAAACAGCAUCCCCAAACCAGAGCCAGAGUCCAAGACACGGGGAGAAGGCGAUGGCCGAGGUUGUGAAAAGACAGAACGGAAGUUGGAACAACCAGAAGUCAAGAAUGAACCACUGGUGAAGGCCAACGGUGUCCCAGCUGGCCCAGAACCAGCAGGAGAGCCGGGCAGCCCCUACCCAGAAGUCCCACGAGUGCCGGCCGGUGGGGAGCGAGGGAACCAACCCAAUGGCUGGCAGUAUAGUUCGCCUAGCAGGCCAGGCAGCACCGCUUUUCCACCCCAGGAUGGGGAGGGCAUCGGGCACCGUCGGAGCUUCCCACCCCGAACCAACCCAGACAAGAUUGCUCAGCGCAAGAGUUCCAUGAACCAGCUGCAGCAGUGGGUGAACCUCCGCCGGGGAGCACCUCCGCCCGAUGAUCUUAGGAGCCCCUCCAGGUUCUACCCUGUGUCCCGACGAGUCCCUGAGUACUAUGGCCCCUACUCCCCCCAGUACCCAGACGAUUACCAGUACUACCCGCCAGGGGUGCGCCCAGACAGUAUCUGCUCAAUGCCAGCCUAUGACCGCAUCAGCCCAUCCUGGGCCUUGGAGGAGAAGCGCCACUCCUUCCGAAAUGGGGGCAGCACCACCUACCAGCUCCGGGAGUGGAAGGAACCCCCUGGCUAUGGGCGGCAGGAUGGCACUGUCUGGAUCCCCAGCCCGGCUCGGCAGCCUGUCUACUAUGAUGAACUGGACGCCACCUCAGGCUCGCUUCGCCGCCUCUCCCUGCAGCCCCGUUCCCACUCCGUCCCCCGGUCACCCAGUCAAGGAUCUUACAGCCGGGCUCGAGUCUACUCCCCUGCUCGGUCACCGAGUGCCCGCUUUGAGCGACUGCCACCCCGAAGUGAGGAUAUCUACGCUGACCCUGCUGCCUAUGUGAUGAGGAGAUCUGUCAGCUCCCCCAAGUAUGAUUACCUGGGUGACCGGAGGCCUGUCCCUGCAGGAAUAUUCCCUUACAACUAUCCACCAUCCCCCACCGUCCACGAUAAAAUGGACGAACUUUUAGAUCUUCACUUGCAAAGAAACCUAGAGUAUUUGGAUCAGCAGAUGAAUGAGAGUGAGACUCUCAUCAGUAUGGUGAACCGAAUGGUGGAAAAUUCUUCCCCCAGGGCCCAGCUAUUCAUGCAAGUUCCUUCUUACCCAGAGGUGUUCCGGGAUGGUCUCCACACCUACAAGUUAAACGAGCAAGAUACCGAUAAGCUUCUGGGCAAACUCUGUGAGCAGAACAAGGUGGUGCGAGAACAGGACCGGCUUGUGCAGCAGCUCCGGGCAGAAAAGGAGAGCCUGGAGAGCGCUUUGAUGGGUACCCACCAGGAGAUGGAGAUGUUUGGGAGCCAGCCCACCUAUCCUGAGAAGUUGCUGCAUAAAAAGGAAUCCUUGCAGAACCAGCUCAUCAACAUUCGUGUUGAGUUGUCCCAGGCCACCACGGCUUUGACUAACAGCACGAUAGAGUAUGAAACUCUAGAGGGGGAGGUCUCUGCCCUGCAUGAUGACCUGUGGGAGCAGCUCAACUUGGACAUCCAGAAUGAGGUCCUUAACCGGCAAAUCCAAAAGGAGAUCUGGAGGAUCCAGGAUGUGAUGGAGGGUCUGCGGAAGAACAACCCAUCCCGGGGCACAGACACCGCCAAGCACCGAGGAGGGCUUGGCCCUUCAGCCACCUUCAGUUCCAACAGUCCUGCAAGCCCCCUCAGCUCAGCCAGCCUCACCAGCCCCCUGAGCCCGUUCUCCAUGGUGUCUGGCUCCCAGGGGUCUCCCACUAAGCCGGGGCCCCACGAGGAACCUGGCCCUCCUCGGCCUCCCCUCCCCAAAGCGUAUGUCCCCCUGGAGUCUCCUCCAACAGUCCCUCCGCUCCCUAGCGAGAGCCGCUUCUGGCCGCACCCCAACUCUCCCUCCUGGCACCGAAGUGGAGAGACAGUCAGGGGCCAGCCAAAGGGAAGCUAUGAACAGGCCAAGAAGGACCCCCACCAGACGUCUCCCUUGGAUACCCCCAGAGACAUCAGCCUCAUGCCCACCAGACAAGAACUGGAGGUUGACAAGCAGGCAGCUCUCAAUAAAGUUGGCAUUGUGCCCCCUCGGACAAAGUCACCCACUGAUGAGGAGGUAGUGCUAUCAACGGUGGUGAGGAGGAGUGGCAGUGGGAUUCCCAAUGGGCCCCUCUCCCGGCAGGAGCGUCCUAAGAGUGCAGUGUUUCCCAACGAGGUGAAGGCCAAGAUGAGUGUGGAGGAGCAGAUCGACCGCAUGAGGCGGCAUCAGACCAGCUCCAUGAAGGAGAAGAGGCGGAGCCUACAACUCCCAGCUGGCCCAUCCCCUGACCCCACUGCCCGACCCUCCUACAAAGUGGUGCGCCGUCACCGCAGUAUCCACGAGGUGGACAUCUCCAACUUGGAGGCAGCACUUCGGGCAGAGGAGCCCGGUGGGCAGGCUUACGAGACUCCCCAGGAAGAGAUUGCCCGACUUCGAAAGAUGGAACUAGAACCCCAGCACUAUGAUGUGGAUAUCACCAAGGAGCUCUCCACACCCGACAAAGUCUUCAUCCCUGAACGGUACAUUGAGCUGGAGCCAGAAACGCCCCUGAGCCCAGAAGAGAUGAAGGAGAAGCAGAAAAAGGUGGAAAGGAUCAAAACUCUCAUCGCCAAAUCCAGCAUGCAGAACGUGGUGCCCAUGGGCGAGGGCGACUCGGUGGAUGCGCCACAGGACCCCGAGAGCCAGCUUCAGGAGCAGGAGAAGAGGAUUGAAAUCUCCUGCACCCUGGCGACUGAGGCCUCCCGAAGGGGUCGCAUGCUGUCUGCUCAAUGUGCCACCCCAAGCCCUCCCACCUCCCCUGCUUCCCCGACUCCACCAGCCAACCCCCUCUCGUCUGAUCCCCCGCGGGGCGCCGACAACAGCCAUUCUAUGCGGGUCUGAGCUGUGACUGCAAGCCCUGGCUGAGGUCAAUGCUAUGAAGUUCCACAGAGCCACCUUCUGAAGUCCUCUUCUGCCACACCUGGGGUCCAGGCUCCCUGUCUCACCUCCAUCAUGCUCCCCACAGGACUGCUGUGGGGAGCCAGGCCUGGGGUGGCUUUGGCUGCUGAGAGGAGCACAGAUACCUCAAGACACAUGCACCCCCACGGCCUCUUGGACCAUGGCCCCAUUCUGGAGAGAUGGUCUAGUUGCUCCACUCCGUGAGGGUCAUUGGACUGGCCCUAGGGACCGGCAUGAGGUGCAACAUGCACCCCACCUGGCACUGAACGAAUAGGAGCACCCACAGCUGGUGACAGUGGAUACAUCGGAACCUGCUGUGCAGGGGCGAAUGUGGGCCAGGAGGUAGAAGCCAUGGACAUAUCUCCUCCCCCAGCCCUGGAGAAGUCUUGCUUAACCUAUAACCCUGCCACCAAGGGAAGAAUCUCCAGCCGCCCUCUGCUAUUCUCCUCAAUUAGCUCUCUCGAUUUAAACCCUCAGCUUUAACAACUCUUGGCUUGUGGACGCCCUCUGGGGACAGAAGAGGGAUUGGUCAUCUUGACUGUGCCAAAGACAAGUGUAAUGGUUCAAGAGAAAGAUGCAAGGAUUUGAAUGUUAGUCACAGCUCUCAAUCAAUGGUGGUGGUACGAGGGGUGGGGUGCAGUGGUUAAGGGAACCAGCAGGUCUGUGUAGUGUCUAAGAACAAGUCGAGGAGGUUGAAGGGUUGGGGAGGCAGAAGAAAGGGGUUGGGGAGGCUUCCCCAACAACAUUCAUUCGCAAGUUUAGGAGGAGGACAAAAGGGGAAAAGGAUAAAGAUGGAGCUGAAAAAGAAGCUCAAAAUUUUUCUCAGAGUGAAGCCACCACUCAGUAAUGACAGCAAUACCAGAUUGACAUUUCUGAGAAUCUCAUUACUCCCACCCCUCUGAACUAGCCUGAGGAAGACACACCAGGGCAGGUGCUGCUUCAGUCUCAGAUUUUUUAUUCUAAUUGGGAGCUCUUUGAUGAGAACCUGGGAAGUCGUUCUGCAUAGAUGGAUGUCCUGGGCUCUGCGUGUGCCCCCUAGGAGUGGCAGCUGGUAAAGCUGAAAUGGGGGAAACAUCCCUUAGCUAGCCUGGUGACAUUUCCCUGGUCCCCAUCCUUUAGUUUCUGGAAGACAGAAUACAGAACCCAAAGGCCCAGUCCAUCACCUACUCCAUACCCCAUUCUUCCAGAAGCUUCCCAGUCAGGACUAGGUUUUAGAGACAUCUUUCUGGCACCUCCCAAUGCAGAGGGGGAGGAUGUGUAGAGAUGAGCAUCAAGUCACCUUACUCUUUCCUACUCAAUAACAUAAGAGAGAUGCAGCUAGAGAAGGAGAAGAGUGGUGUCUGGAUGCUGUUUUCUUUUUGCCAUAAUUACUAGCCUACGGGUCACUCUAAUAUAGUAGAUCACUCCCACCCACCCCAAUACCCUGGCAGUUCAAACCUAAGGAGAGCUGCAAAUAGAAACUGUUUAGCACUCUCUCACCCUUGCCCCAGUCCCUUCCCCUUCUUACUGGCUAGGAUAGUUACUAUGCUUAUAGAAAUAUAAUUCCCAGAAUAACAAGUCACUGCCCUCCUUACACACCUCAUUGCUCAAAGAAAAUGACAACUCAUAUCAAUUUUCAUCAUGUAUUUUGAUCUCACCCCUGCAUACUGUUCUAUGCCCAGUUGAAGCAUCCCUAGUCUGUCCUUCCUGUUUGGGGGAGAGGGUGGGUGAGGAGAAAGAAGGGUACCCAAUGAGCUUUCUCUUUAGCAUCUUGCUCCUCUUGCCCCAUUUCACUCCCUGUGAAGAAGCCAGUCUCCUCCCACUUUGAACUGAUUUCCAGGGACUGUCAACCCAUCCUGGAUUUUAUCUGUCUCUCCUCUCCCCUACCCUCCUUUUUAUAAAAGAGUAAUUUUCAAAAAAAAAAAUCAUGUAAAAAAACAGGAAAUAACAUCUGCACCUCUCCCACCUCUUUCUCACCUAUUAUUUCAUAAAGCUGGCUCUUUAUGUUACUCUACAUGCCUUAAUAUAUGUUUUAUGGAAAUUAUACAUAUUAUAUAUAAUAUAUAUUUGUUUGGAUGUCUUAUCCGUUUCUGGAGCCCCUGACCUUAACUAUUGUUCUCUUUCCCUAACCCUCUAUACUGUUUCAGGUCAUGGCCCACAACUGGACCUCUCUACCCCCAUCUUCUAGUCCCCUUUUUAUUCAAAAGUGAAAAAAGGACUUUUAAGAUAGAUCUAUUUUCUGUUUUUGUUAAAGGCAAAUCUAUUUUCAAAUUGAAGAAUGUCCAAGUUGAUGUAGUUGCCAGUUCAUGGGGUGAUUGGGAGUAAAAGGCUCAGUACCACCACCACCCCCUUCACAAAAGGAAAAGAAAAGCUCUCCCUGCUCAUGGAUUGCCAACUAUUUCCCAAUCCAGAAGAGGCAAGAGCUCCAUUCAAAAAGAUAUUAAAGAAAUCUUUGUUUGAUAUGGGAUUUUCUCUUGAAGAUCUUCAGAGAAUUUGAUAUUCUGGUCAAUUUUCUAUUAUCUGAGUGCAGAUGAAUUUAUUUGUAAGUCUCAGCCAAUUCUCCUCACCCAGCCUGGAAAUGUAGAUUCAGGUCUAAACAGAACCAGGAAAGGAAAUCUACUGCAGGACCAUGAUAUAACGUCUUCCAAAACCAAACAAAAAUGACUUGGUGAUUACUGAUGCUAACUGGUCCCCUCUUAGAGAACUGAGAGCUGUUUGGAUCUUCUUGCCGUUUUUUGUUUGAUCAAAUCCCCCCUGCCCCAUGUGUCUAUAAGGCAUCUCCAUCUGUGUUCCCUCCCUCUCUUGGGGGACUAUCUCUUAAACCACCCUUGGGAUUGUACCCUCAGCCUGGCAUCCAGGCUGCCAAACAAGGUCAUGUGCCAAGGAAGAUUCCAAGGGAUGAUGUAGCCCAUUCAGCAUUGCCAAGAGGACUCAGACCCAACCCAUCCACUGAAAUGUAUUCUCUGUACUCAAAUAAAGCAAAGCAACAAUCCUAACUGCUCUUUUGCCAUGAGAUGAGAUAAGCAGGCAAGGAGUAAUUUUGUGGAGAGGGUAUAGACAAUCAGGAGGUCUCCAUAGUCUUGUGUCAAGGCCCUAUACCCAUAGGGUGGAAUGGCACAUGAUUCUCAGCAGAAGUUUAGAGCUUACCUUUGCAUCUCAAGAGACGCCUUGGUGCUUGCUUCUCCACUUAACCAGCCCAGCAUGAACUUCAUCUCCUAGCAAGUGAGAUUGGGGGACUUAGUGCCCCCCACCCAUUCCCAUCUCAAAUAGCUAUGGUCCGGAAGAAGUCCCAGUGGUGUUAUCCAUGCAGAUGAAAUACAUGAUUAAUAGUCUAGGGUUGCCCCAAGUUAAUAAUUCCCUCCAUCCAUGACUUGUGUCUGGGACUGUACUAUUGCAAAGGUCACUUUAACUAUAUUCCAGUUGUAUGGACUCUCUCUCCUAGUCCAGGGCUUAUGCAGAGCCCUCGUCUUGUUGGGGGAAAGGGGAGGGAGCAAGGAAAGACUGUUGGUUGAGAUGGGAUUGAUUCCCUUGUCCUUCUGUAACACCUUCUACCUGGUCACUCUUGUAACCAAGAAAACUCCACAGGAGAGAACUAUAUCUACUUAUGCACAUUCUGGGGACAAUUUAAUCUUGCUAGAUUUAGACAAUAAACCUAAUGAGGAAACCCAUGAUGUUGGUGUCUUUAUUUGAUAUCAAAGUGACCUUAGGAGAUGAUUUGAAGUUGAGUGUCCUCCAAGAAGCUGUAGCAUCCCCAUAGCAUCUUUCUUGCCCAGGAAGGGGAAGAUCCUGUCUCCCUGGAAUCGAUGAUCAUUUGCUUCCUCCUUUCAGCAGUCAUUCUUUUUAGAUGUAGCAACUACUAGAACAGUCCCAGCUCUCAAGGGGAGCUGCAUUUGUAUAAAUAUAAGUUUGUAUAAAACCAAAACAGGAAAUAAAAUGGAUGGUUUGUA